AUGGAGCUACCUGGUGAUUUGGACGGAUUUCAUGCGGUACUGAAGCGCCGAAUCCGUAACCAAAGCGACAUCGAAAGCUGUCGCCAAGACUUCUCUGCCGGUAAUAAGGUGGCAGCUCAGCGAGCAAUAGCAGCACGCGAGAUCCGCCACAUUGUCGGGCAGUCAGGUUGCUUUUGCAAUGAUUGCUUACUUCAACGGAAGCAAGAGUGGCGGAUCGGAGAUGUCAAUACUGCAAUUGUGGGGCCUAGAGACCAGUGGAUGCAAUACACUUGGGGAAAUGCAGAACGCCAGUGUCUGUACUCAGAGGGUUCGGCGACCAUAACCAAACCGACACUAACGCCAUCCAUUCAAGAGAUGAUUCGUGUCCACGAUUCCAAGAAACGGGUUUUGACGAUCAAACGUGAUGCCAAGUUCGUCGCUGUUGCAUCAGGGAAAUACCACACUCUUAUGCUGGGCGAGUCCGCUGCCGUAUUUUCAAGUGGCGACAAUACAUACGGGGCCCUCGGGGUAUCUAAUCUGGUCAACAAAAGCAUAUCUGCGCCAGCCAAAGUGGAAAUUGGAUUAACCGGUGGAGGAAUCGUGAAGAUUAUUGCUGCAAGUGGGUUUGCUUCGUUUGCCCUUGUUGUGCUUCCCAAUUCUGAAUCUCAAGAGCGACCAACCUCAAAGGAUGGACGGCAGAACCUAGGGCGACUCGGGUCGAUCGAGAGAAUGGCCCGAGAUCGAGUGCCCGCCCAUGCACAAAUGGACUAUGCUACGAAGGCUGCAGCUGUGAACAAUCGUACGUUUUUUUCAUGGGGUCGAGGUGAUUACGGAGUGUUAGGUCAUGGUGACGAUGAGUCGUCCUCCGUUCCUCGUGUUUUAAAGAUUUUCAAUUCACAGCGAGUGACCGGCGUGAGUGCUGGCUUACACCACGUCCUGGUCCUUACAGAAAUGGACGGUGUCUAUGCCUUUGGCGACGGCAGCAGCGGAAAGCUUGGCUUGGGAGACACAUUUCCUCGUUUAUCUCCAACUAGAAUUACGAGCCUCGAUGGCUUUAACGUUGUUCACGUUUCAGCUGGUGAUGAGCAUUCAAUUGUCACGACUGGCGAAUCCUUCUUUAAUCGGCAGGUUUACUCUUGGGGACUUGGGAAACAUGCGCUUUUGACUGCAAAGCUCGCCUGCCACAACGACGAACUUACUCGGUUAAAUCCAACACGUGUUAACUUUUUCCGUGGACGCAAAGUCAUUAAUGUUGUAGCUGGAGGAGCCCACAACCUAGCAACGUCAGAAAUGCCUCAAGGUGUCUGCGUUUGGUCAUGGGGAUGCGGUAGCUACGGACAGCUAGGCCACCGUGACACUUGGGACGCUCUAAUUCCUAGAUCAGUCGACGAAAUUCGACGCGAAAAUAUUCGCUUUAUCGAUGCAGGACAACGUCACUCGUUAGCACUUUCUGAAGCACGACAGCUUUGGCUGUGGGGGCAAGGCAUUCACGGUGAUUAUGAGAUCCCCGACCCAGACGCGUCCACCACCUCCAUUUUAUUUCCCACCCAGAUUGAUUUUCCAGGUCUAUCGUUGAUCAGUGCCCGCGCGGGAAGAGGACGAACAUUUGUUUGGGGAGACCGAGCAAUUGAACGAGAAAAAUCUCGCCCGCUUGGAGGAAGCGCAGCUGAAAGUACCUGCCGUUCGUUGCCGGAGUAUGAAUGUCUAACAUCUGACAGUUUUCGCAUCGUAUAUCAAUGUGGACCAUGCCAACUCGACACCGUGUGUGUUGGAUGCGCUCACAACUGCCACAUUCAGCACUACUUAAAGCUGAGAUACACCAUGGAAGAUACUUUAAGCCGACAUUGUGACUGCCUCGCUAGUUCCAAGAAAUGUGUAUUUGCUGACGAGGAGCAAUGA